CGUAAUGGUUUAACCCGUUGCCUAGGCGCUCGGUACACGCUACUGCGAUCAGCUGCAACAAAACACUUGGCGUCUGGAGGAUAUGAAAAGAAGCUCGUGCAUAAUACCUGCGAACUAACGUUAGCCCGCUAGCCAAAGUUAGCGGACUGGACUGUGCUAGGUAAAGUGAUGAAUAGUCCAGAGACUGACGUGAGCGGAGGCAAAUGCUGGAAACCACAAUCUAAACUUUGUUCGCAUAAAAACGCUUGGCUAAUUUGCAUGUGAUGCACGGACUCCAGUGGAGCUAUACUCGGCCAUGGAAAAAAGAGAGGAGAAGGAGCUGGACGAGCUCACCCUCCGCUUGCAGAGGGACGGUGUGUCCCCUGAGGCUCCAGCAGAGGAGCGUGAGCUGCACCUGUGGCGUUUGCUCCAGCGCAGCGAGGGCAGCCUGACCGCGGCCACUGAAGACCUGCAGACUUUACGCACACAGCAGGCCAGCGAGAUGAGAGAGGUGAAAAAUUACGUGGAGCAUAUUCGAAACAUGUUGGAGGAGCGGGAAUCUCUUACAGCGGAGUACGAACGUGAGAGCGAACAGCUCCGUGCUGAGCUCGCUCUAAUGAAACACCAGCAGGACUCCCAGUGUAAGGAGGUGGUGGAGAUGCUGGAGCAGGAGGGUCUGGCAGAGAUCAGUCAGAGCAGUGCCAGUGAGCAGGUGGCCUAUCUGCUGGUGGAGAGAGUCACUCUGCUGGAGAGACUGGAGGCCGCGGAAAGAAAACUGGACACCCAGACCCUCACUGGCAACCUCAGAGAGGUGCAUCUGCAGGAAGAGCUGGAUCAUAUGCGUCACACAUUGGAUGAUGAACUCAGACAGCAAAAGGAAAACAUGAAGAAGGAAUCAACCGUUCAAAGUCCUUGGAGGAAGUUCUUUGGUGUACGCAAGGCUACACUAAGAGCACAGAACCUUCCUGGCCACAGUGAAGAGCUCAAUAGAGAACGCACAGAGCGCCAGAGGCUGGAGAGGGAUCUGGAAGAGGCAUCGAGUCGUCUUGCUAUGGCACAUAAAGAGAUUCGCCACCUGACGGAUGAACUAGAUCUCGCUCGUAAGGUCCAAAACUUGUGUGUACCUGACCUGCAGAAAACUGGGGAGGAAGUGGAGCAGUUGAAACAGGAAGUGGACAAGCUUAAACAGUGUGAUAUGGUGGAGCUACAGAAGGCCAAGGAACGCAAUGAAAGACUUGAUAGUGAGAUUCUUGUGCUGAGGGAUAGAGUUCGUUCCCUGGACACAGAGAGAAGGACUCUUCUUAAACAGGUUGAACAAUCGAAGCUGAACUUGGAUCAAGGGAUCAGUGUAACUUUAGAACACAAUAAAACACACUCUGCACAGGGUGUAGGUAAUCAUGUCAAUCUUGAUCCAUCUCUGGAUGUAGAGGAUGAGAUACUUCACAAAAGGUGUCGGAGAGAGUCUGAAGAUAAGGACAGCCGUCUGCGAGAGCUGGAGAGGAGGUUGCAGAAGCAGCAGCGUGAGCAUGAGGAGCUGGUGGAGAGGAAUGAGGAGCUGGAGGCGCUGCUGGGGGAGGCGCAGAAUGCAGCCAAAGAGGAACGGGAGCGACAUGAGUGUGAGAUAGAGGGGUUACAGAGAAAGAUUAAAAGUAUCGAGGAAGAACUAAGUAAGAGAAAUAGUAAGAAACUCGAGAAGAAAGAAGAAGAUCAGGUUCGUGGGACUGACUCUGAGCUAAGCGAGAGCAUUCAAGAAAGACUUCAGUUCCUCGAGGGACGCCUUGCUGAAGAAAAAGGUUGGAGGAAACAGCUGGAGGUGGAUCUGUCUGUAGCCAAGGCUGCUCUCAAAACGGAAAAAGAGGUCAUGCAAAGAGACCAUGAGGAGCUUAAGAAAUUACGUGUGGAGGUCCACAGACUAGAGGUGGAAUGUCGACAAGGAAAGACACUAAACAAGAACCUCACACAGAUUAAAGGAGAAAAGGGAAUUUUGGAGGAAAAGGUGGCCCAGCUGGAGCGUGCUCAGACACGACUCCAGGACAACCUGACCCUUCAGACAGAGAACAGCCGGGCCGAAGAGGACCUGAGAGACAGCAGGGGACAGGUGGCAGAGCUUAACUCUAUGGUGGACAAGCUGAGAACAGAAUUGACUCGACUGGAGAAGGAGCACAACACUAUAAGAGAUGAGCUGAUGGAGAAACGCAGGCAUGUGAUGCAGCUACAGAAGGAGCUCAGCGAGAAAGCCCACGAGAGGCUUCAGACUGAGGGUGAGAGGGAGAGACUCGGUCUGGAGCUCCUGCAUGUCAAACAGCAGCUCCAGUAUGCUAGAGAGCAGAUGCCCAGAGCAUCACAGGUGCACACGACCAACCACAAGCCUACUGUGGAGGAUGAUGGGCAUUGUCAGCUGGCCUGUGUGAAGUCAGAGAUGAGUAAGCUUCACUCCACCCUGGAGGAAGAGAGACAGCUGGCCGGUCAACACCAGCUGGCCCUGCAGGCCCAGAUCAGUGAAGCUCAGGCCCGGGCUAAGGCUCAAGACUCACUCCUACAACAGAAGGGAGACGAGAACAAACAGCUGAGACAGGACCUGCAGAGAACCCAGCAUCUUUUCACUUCUGCAGAGCGAGAGCUACGCUACGAGAGAGAGAAAAAUCUAGACCUUAAGAGACACAAUGUACUGCUAGAACAGGAGAAGAUCAAGCUGUGUGCAGAGCUGAAGCAGGCCCAGGCCAAAGUAGCCCAGCUGGAGGGGAGCGCAGCAGGACAUGUGGCAGAGCUGGAGAGACUCCAGCAGAGGGUCCGGGAUCUGGAGCUGGAGGUGGCCAGAAGCACUCAGAACCGGCAGACUAGCAGCAGCUUGAUGGAGGAGCUCAAUUCAGAGAGAGCGCGUGUGAUCGCUGCUGACAAGAAGGUUGUAGAACUGCAGCAGCAACUGAAGAACACGCUGCACCAGCUGCGUCUGGAGGAGGCCCGAGCGGGGGAGACCAGCAAACUGGAGAGAGACACCAGAGACAUGUCUGAUAACCUGUCUGCCCUCCGAGCCCUACUGCAAGAGGAGCAACUACAGAGGAAAUUACUUGAGCAGAAAGAUGAGAAACUCCAGCAGCAGAUGCGCUCAUUGCGGGUGAAGGAGGCGACUCUGACACGCAACAACUCAGAGUUGUCUCAUCGCACACAAGAGCUAGAGACGCGGCUGCAGGUGCUGGAGAGUGAACUUAACUCUGCUAGAGAAGAGCAGAGGAGCAGUCAGAGGAGCUGCCACAGGCUGGAAGAACAGCUGCUGUCUUCCCAGCAUGAGUCUGAGAGACUGCAGGAGGAACUGAAACUGGUUGUUCAGCAGCUUGACACUAACAUCCGAAGAUACAACGAGAAACAGUCUCAGCACAAAACCAAGUUGCGCAGAGCUAAACAGAUCUUCAUGAAGACAGUCACCCAACAUGAGCACAGGAUCCAGCAGCUAGAGAACGAUCUGGCUCUUGCUUCAAGUCUUUCAGAGAAAGAGAAGGACUGGAUUAGGACUGUGACAGAAGAAAACGACCAGCUCCUCCUGGAGAGACGAGAACUUCUCCAGCGAAUAAGUGAAGCUGAGGAGAUGGGAAAUAACGGACUGAGAACUGCCACUACUAUCCAGCAGAGAGUUAAAUUCCUGGAGAUGGAGAAUAAACAGUUGCAAGAAAAAACUCUAACACUGGCCAAUCAGAUAGGAAUUUUAGAUCGCGCACUGAGAAACCUUCAGUCGCUGUGUACUGUUGAGGAGGUCAAGAAAAUGUUUCCUUCUGGAGCUCAUCCCGAUAGCCAGCUGCGGACAUCAACUCCAAGUCCCCAGCCUGGGCUCAGUGACUCAUGGGGAAUUUUGGAUGCCAUUCGCAAAGUCAAAGUGGGUGAGUCUGGAGUGAAGAGCCUGGAGAUCUCCUCGUCUGUGCCCGUUUCACAGUCCACUGAGAUAGGCUACCUGAACGUGACCUCACCUGUGGCUCCUAACAGCAGGUUAGAGCAGGAAGAGAGUCUCAGUGCCACCAGCGAUGAGGCCUGAGCGAGUUGGGAUGACUGUGAAAUGCCAUUACAAGGUUUGCCAAUCCGAAAAGUCACUGGAUCAGUCAAGGCUUAAAAAUAAGUGAACUGUUAAUGGGUUAAAUGCAGACAAAUUGGCACUGUGACAGUCUAUCAUGUUUGGUCUUCAGUUCAUUUCUUUACACUUUAAUUGAUUUUAAAGCGAAUGUGAAGAGCUGGGUUUUUGCCCGGGCUCAUAUCACCUGGGUUGAAUUGCAUUGCCUUUGUGGCUGGUCAGUCUAGAAGACCUGAACUUUUAUAUCAUUCAAAAACAUUACACUUCAUUGGAUGCUAUGCUCAGUAGCCUUGUCACAUCUAUAAGAUGCCAUAUGGAUUUUUAUACAUUUACACCGUAAUGGUACGACUGUGGUGGAGAAGCACUUAAAGCACUAUUAAUUUGAUGUUCAGAUGGUACAAUCUGCAGGUGUUUACAACUGAAAUGCACUAUUGCCUUUCGAGAAACGGUAUUUGAAAUCAAGUGUUUGUAGGUUUUCGUGAGAUUUGGUGUACUGUAAAUGUACAUGUCAGAACUCUUGCAUGUAUCAGUAAACCUUUUCUCAUUUUCUGUGCUGAUUUAGGGUGGAAAAAACCUGGUUAAAUAUUACAUGGAGCUCAGAUUACUACACUCUUUGUAGAUUAAAGCAUUUACACUACUGUUCAAAGAUUUGGGGUUAGUAAGUUGUUUUUAAAGAAAUUAAUACUUUUAUUUAACAAGGAAACAUUAAAUUGAUCAAAAGAACAUCUGAGAGAUGAUGUACUGUGCUUUAUGCAUUAGUCUGCGUCUAGGUGCAGUGUAAAUUGGUCUUUAUAAGGCUAAGGUUAUGCCGAUAGACGAUAGUAUCGUGCAUCGACGAUAGUCAAAGAUAUCGCCUGUGGCUGAUGCCUUUUACAAUAUAAAGAUGAUUAUAAUUAUUAUCUAAUUAAUAUUAGUACAUAUUUGUUCUGUUAUAUAUGAUCCGGGGUUUUUUUUGUGUGUGUGCAUUUUUUAGCAUUUUUACAGUAUUGCACGUUAUAACUAAUCACGAUUCUGUUGAUUGUAUGAAUGCAAUGUCCAAUCAGAGGCAUUCAGAUUAGUCAUCGCUGAAACACCUGAGUUUUGUUGCUGAGUGAGCAUGAGCGUGUGUUGACUGAAUUCUGCUCACUCACUAAUAUUCGCUCAUCAUAAUAGAUGUACAUGCGAUUUAAGUAUGAGAGAUUUAUUCAUCAUACAGCAUAGACGGCUUCACUGAUCAUAACAGGAGUCGGUGAUGAGGUUUUUUGAUCCUGGAAAAUGUAAACGUUAUUAGUAGCUUAUAACGUCAACACUGGAAAAAAAAAAAAAAAAUUAACAAUACCGGCCUUACUGCAGUGUUGGAAAUUGAUCACCUAAAAAGAGUGGGAACCGUUUUUUUUUUUGUUUGUUUUUUUUGUCUUUUAGGAGUUUGUUCACUCUCCGGAUAUGAAACUAAGUAAUUAAAAAAUUUAAUAAAUUAGCAUGAUGAUAUUGUGUAUUUACAAUCUCAUAAACUGACAAUAGGACGAUAUAACUAUGAAGCAUAUCGCUCAACGCUAUAGGACACAUUAAAGAAUUAUUAAACGUAUCUCACCAACCUUUUGAAUAGUAGUGUACAUUUGUAUGACACAGAUUACUGUAAAGACAAAUGCUAUAAAAGCUUGCUGUAUAUCAUAUUUUCGUUGGAAAGUUGAUCAUAAUCUGUGUCGUUGCUCAGAGUUAUUUCUAGAGAUUAUUUAGUGACUGUAUUUCACACCUACACUAUAUAUUUUUUUUCCAUUGAGAGGGCAGAAACCAUAAGGAUGAAAUGUCAAAAUAUUUAUUAAGACCUUAGUAUAUGCUUUAAGGACUAAUGUGAGCAAUGCGUUGUGUUUAAUAAUUUAUCAUGGAAAAUGUUGGUCUGCUGGUUUCAAGUUCCACUGAAAAAAAAAAAGAAAAAGAUUUGGCUACUGACAAGAAAACAGACUUGGUAGCAUUAUCAGCCUUGUGGUAUUGUUGUUUACUUAUGGAAUGGGGUGACAUGGGAGUUUUAUAGAUUUGUAUAAUAUUUUGCACUCCCUUUGUGUUUUGUACAUAGUCCUCAGAGACUGAAUGACCUGUGAUUUGGGAGCAAAGUCAUCUGUUAGAGGAGAAUAGUUGUAUCACUUUAAACCAAGUGCAGAGCUGAAUGACAUCAGCUCCUCAUGCUCCGCCUACUGUUUCAAGAGAGCUGGAUCUGAAGCUCCGCCCAUUUGCUCUGCAGUGAGCAGCCUCUGUUUUGAACUGUGGCAAAAGGAUCAAGAUCCUGUAGUUGUGCCUGUACAUUAUGAGUGCAUUUUACAUUGUGUCCUGCUGCUAUACGAUAUUAGGAUGCAUCAUUCACAAAAUAUUAACAUAAGGCUCAUGUCAUUUAAACUGCGAAAGACAUCAGUGUACACAAAGCAUGUAUUUUCUUAAUAAACUUAUUUUUAUGAUGACUGUUUGAUUGCUUCAGUCAAUCUGAGCUAGAAUUAUACAUUUUUUCAAUAAAUAAAAUGCUAAAUCGA